CUGGGAAGACGCUCAAGACCACGACCACGGAAUCAACACGAGAAUCAACAAGAACAACAGCACAGAACAUGACGACCUCGACAAUGCGUGAAGCGUGGCUUCCGAUCGACAUCUCUUUGCCGCUGAUUUACUGCAUGAAAUGCUUCCGGACGACGACGAGUCAUAAUGGCGGCUUUUACGUUAUGGAGUGCGGACACAUAUUCUGCGAUAGCCAUGUUGAGAUUGCCAAUGUAUCAAAUGUGGCGUCGCAGAACUUCCCGAUGAAUCAUUCGUGUCCUCACUGUAAACUUACAGAUAUCUCGGUCUACAGAAUCGGACCAAAGAACGCUCAUCUACCCCCUGACUUGGCCGUUCAUUUCGACGAUUUCCUUCUCUCGCUCAAAAGAUACUUUGAAUCGAUAAAGUACAACUACGAAUCCCUCACGUUUCUAAUCAGACACUAUCAAAGUCUUCCAAACGCUUCCGAGCUCGAAAAGCAGGUCAGACAUCAGAAAGAUGUGAUUGCAAAGAUGGUGCCUGCUCUGGAGAAAUCCGCUCUCUGGGAAUCGUUCGUUACUUCUCUCUAUACUGCUGUUUAGGUUUGCUGUUUGAUUGUGAUUUUGAACGUUUGUCGGGCUGACUAGGGUACUGUACUGUUACUGUGUAUAGUACGGCGGUGCGUUUAACUGUGGAGAACG